CUCGUACAUUUCAGUUUCCAAACAAAAUUCUUGCCGAUAACAUUUCUCGAGUUGCUCAUAUUUUUUCGUCACAAAAAUGAUUUGUUUACGACUGCACUUUCUGUAUCAACUAUUAGUCAUAUUGGCAUCAAUUUAUUUAACACUUGGACUGCCCGCAAUUCAUCACAAAAACGAUGGCCACAGAAGAAAUAACGCGAUCGUGCAACACAACCAUGACAAGGAUCAAAAUAAAGAAUUGGAUAGGCGGAUAAAGCGACAAUUAGAUUUCAAUCUCUCGGUCGAUCAUGAAGACGAUACUGGAACGGAUAUAACGGCCGCACUAGAAGCUAACAUUUGGAAAAGUGUUGACGGACGAUCACGUCUCGAUGGCAAUGCAAAGUAUCAGCAACAUAUUGACGAAUUCGGUCAAAAUGGUGAAAAAUAUCGUGUUGGGAUUAAAUUGAUAUUUGAAGUGUAGUGGCUUAUCAAGUGUUUUACUGAUAACCUUUCGAUUGAAUUGUACGUAUUUGCAUGUAAACAAAAUUAUGAGUGUGUGCUGCUUGGGUGUUGUAAAACCAGCCAAUAAAAUCGUUUAUAUGUUCAAUUGGA